AUGAAAGCGCUUGUUCUCAACACAUCUCUCCGGACGGCCAUCGUGGAGGAGCUCGAUCGUCCAACUCCGAGCGCCGGAGAGAUUCUGGUUCACGUUCGCGCGAUUACCCUAAAUCCAGUUGAUGAGCUCUACGUUACUUCGCCAAUUGCAGGCCAGGAGAAGCGAAUCAUUGGCACUGAUUUUGCAGGAGUUGUGGUUGAAGCUGGGCCUGCGAUAAAUGAUUCUUCAGAUUCUCGAGUCAAGUCAGGUGCGAGAGUCGCUGGCUUUCUGCAGGGUGCCUGCUCCGUCAAUGACCGCCCCGGAGUAUUCGCAGAAUACAUCACCAUUCCUUACGAUUUGGUAUGGGCCGUCCCCGAAGGCCUCUCGCUCGAAGAAGCCUCAACCAUCAGCAUGUGCGGCCUGACCGCUGCGCAAGCUAUACAUGGUAGACUCGGACUACCCAGCCCUUUCUCCAAAAGUCCUUUAAAUGAGUCUGAAAAAGAUUCCGAAGUAACCAACAUCUUUAUCUACGGCUCGUCAACGUCAGUCGGCUUGUACGCAGCUCAACUAGUCCGGAUCGCCGGAAAGGCAUCUGGGAGACCUGUGAGACUCAUAGGUGCUGCGAGUUCUUCCAAGCAUGAAAUACUUCGGAACAAGCCUUAUGGUUACGAUGUGCUUGUCGACUACAGAGAUCCAGAAUGGGUCAAGAAGGUCAAGGACGCUACAGACGGGAAAGGAAUUGAUCUUGCACUGGACUGCAUUUCAGAAAACAAGACUGUGUACAACACUCAUGAUACCCUGGCGUCUUCAGCAAAGUUCGCUGUGAUUCGUGGUCCGGUCGGGGGAGAAUAUGAUCCAGAGUUGUUAAAGGUCAAGCCUAUCUAUGGUGCUGUUUGGGAAGGACUUGGCGUUGAGGUGGGAUAUAAUGAUGCCGUUCUACCAGCAAAUCUGGAUGCGCAUUCAUUCGCAAAGGAAUUCUACAAGUUUCUUGGCAAACCUUUGCCAUCUGGCAGGGCGCAGUUGGAGCCUAAUCCUGUGAGGCUUAUGCCUGGAGGGCUUGGUAAAGUUAUUCCGGAUGGCUUCUCCCUCUUGGGAAGUGGCUCUGUGAGUGAAAGGGUGAAGUUGGCGAGGGAUGAGGACUAUAUGCGCCCGAUUAGUGCGGAGAAGCUAGUCUAUACUAUUAAUUAA